AUGCGCCAGCUGGCCGACCUGGAGAAGAGCAACGAAGCCUUGGCAUUCAUGGGCGAAAGGCUGAAGAAGGCCUUGUUCAAGCAGCGCGCUCUCAAUAGUUGGCUUUGCCGUCGCCAUAUCAUGAAGUGUGAAUUCUACUCUCACCGUCAAAUCUGCGAAAAGGAAAAAUCUGACAAGAGAAGCAAAGCCGCAAAAUCAAAGCCACUCCUUCUUCAUCCUAUCGUCGGUCUUGUCGAAAGUCAGUACAUAAUGCACUCCUGCAAUAUGACAGUACAGCUGCUCAAUGAAGGACAGCGUCAAACCCUCGGAAGAUCCCCUACAACCCCAUCUCCCCUCGCCUCCUGCCACACCUUUGCUCCCACCACCUUCGCCUUCCUCUUCAUCUUCCCAACACCACCUGUCACUACCAUCGUCUCCUCCUCGUCUUUCACCCCAGGCAUCCGACCAGGCAAAGUUUCCUCCCUUGAGGAAUCAGCCCUUGACUAUGAUCUGAACGCAAAGUGGGCGGUCUAUGGCCUCGCUCGACAGAUGUACGCCAGCAAGAUUCAGGGACGAGAAGCGUUAGCGAUGGAAAAGGAGCUUGCUCUUGACGAAAAACCAGUUGGAGUUGCCGGACAAGGUGAAGAGUGCGAAGCCCACGAAGCAGAAGAGGUGGUUAAGGCUGGUGGCACGCGUGGCCUCGACGAUGCGGUAGGGGUGGGAGAAGAAGGGAACGAGAAGUCAGACGAGCCCGUCCCAUCGCUCCGACCGGGGAAUCUUUCUUUGAGCUUUGUCGUGUAG